AAGGGUUUGUCACGAAAGAUUGCAGGGUUUGGCUCUAGAAGUCUAGAUAAUUUAAUUCAGUGUGUGGAAAAUCUAUCAAUUUGAGCGAGCUGUUGAUAAAUCUCCAAUCAAAAACCAAUACUUUGUGAUUUGCUCCUUGGAAAAUACCAGCAAAAAAAAAGGACAUUCGACGCUUCAUGUAAACAACAACAAACGAGUUCAGAGGUUACGAAUUAGAGGCCCAACACCAUAUCUCCAGAAGAGUCAAAAUUGUAUUUUAAAAGGCUCAUCAAUCAUCAUCGCCUGAUUCACCAAAGGAUUUGGUUGGCAACAAAAACAACUAAUAUUGUUUCAUUUCCUGCUUAAAAUUCAACAUUCUCCCAGAGUCCCUCAUAAAACCACCCUGAAAAAACAGCCAAAAUGUCUCAGCGAAAGGUUGACACGGAUGCUGAGGAGGCGCACUGUAGCAGCAAAAGGCCAAAGCUUGCUCAUCAAAAGGAUCAGCCAUCGAGUGAUUUCACCUACUCGCGACGACCAGGCACGUCUGCCAUUGCUGGACACCACUAUGAGAGUAAGCUAUUAGCCCUAAUGCUCCAUCGGCUGAUUGAUUCUGGAACUCCCUUCUAUCUGGGAUCGAACCUUGACGAGAUGGGACAGUUUGAUGAUUUGGUCAUACGGAGAGACAUAAACGGCGGAAGAAGAAUACAAGUUGUUCUUGUUCAGGCCAAACACCGGGAUGAUCCGAAAAAUAACAAAAUUACAUUGAAACAAGUUAACGACACAACGAUUGAAAAGAAAAACCAAAAGAACUUCUUAAAUUUGGUAAAAAACUUCAAAAACUACUUAGAAGUAAGAGAACAGUUCAGCCCCUCAAACACUGCCGGAUUCUUCCAAGGGAGCUUCGAGGAGAUCGACUUUGAAAUUGCCGUUUUCACCAAUGCAAAGUGUGAUUUCACUCCUUCAAAACAAGCAGAACUAAAUCCGCUGCUCAAAACAAACGACGAAGGAAGGGCAUUUCAAAUUGAGCCAAGCGAAGCAAUGAUUGAAAUUUUAAGCAAAGACACAAUAACGAGUGAAAUUCUUCAAAAUGAAGGAAAAGACGUGAAUGAGCAAAAUUGUAAAUCGAUCGUUGAAGAUUUUUUCAAAUCAUAUAAAAUUUACUACAACCAAGGAAAUGAAAAAGAAGUGGGGCAAAUCACCGUGAAGGAAAUUGGCAACAAUAAUUCAGUUUUAUAUAUAAUGUAUCACGCUUUGGUUCAAACAUAUUGGGAAGAAAAGGGAGAAGUUUAUUUCCUCACAAAAGAGUGCGAUUUUCUGGAUAAUGCUUUGAAAAAAGUUAACGAACAAUCAAUGCUGAUGAAUCUUACUGAAAUUUGUUUCAAGUCUUCAAAGCGAUUUAAUUUAGAUUUCAGCGCAGAGUCAUUCCAAGAGCUUGGUUUCGAUACAAUUCCAGCUGACAAACGAAUAAUCAACGUUAGCAGCAAAGUUCCAAUACUGAGCUAUGCUAAAAUAUGCCAACAUUUGAUUCAAAAAUUUAAACUAUCACUCGCCAUUGUGGAUUUUGAUCUAGAUGGAGUUGACAGCGGAGAAAUUUUAUCGACGUUUUUAGAACCGAACGAGUUCAAAUGUUUGAUCGUGCGCAGUUCGAAAGAAGUUGCAGAGUUGAAACAAUCCCAACUGGGAACGAAACUGGCAGAGUGUGGAAAAUACAUCAUUUUGAUCAGUGAAGCUGGGUUGAUGCUGGAGUUGCACCAAGUUAAAGAUUUGAAGAUUGAUUUUGCGGAUCUCACGGCGAAAUGCCAGAGUAGUUUGAUGGAUAGUAAAAUGGUUUCAUUCCAGGGCAGACCGAUAAAACUUGUUGAUCUCAUUGGAGAACCUGAUGAGAAUGGGUCGAAUGACCCUGACAGAUUAAUCACUGGAGCGAUUUUGCUCAAUUUGCUAGAAAAUGAUUCUUUACAAAUUGCUCCAUUGGAUAAUGAGCAAGUUCCUUAUUAUAUUGCCCGUCGGUUCAAACGGUUGAGAAAAAUGACAAAAAAUCAUGACAAAGACAAAUUUGAAAUAAUUGAUGACACAAAAAAUAUUCAAGAAAACCUCAAAGACUUAGUGAUCAUCUCAGAAACAAAAGAGCACUUUCAUGAGAUUUGCUCUCGACAUCCAUUACGCAAUGUUCACUGGUUCAAGCAGCACAAAGAUCACUUUUUAUGGCAAUGUUCUUUAAACAGUGUUGCCAAACUGCGUGAACUUUUGCAGUACGAUGAUGAAGAGUUUCCUUUGGUGAAUUUUAAAUCAUUUUCCGAACCAGUGGUGAUCAUAGCUGAUGAGCCUGGAAUGGGUAAAUCCACCUUGAUGACCCAACUUGAGCAACAAAAUGAGAUUUCCAGUCUUUCGAUGGUAAUUCGAAUCAAUUUGAAUGAUUACACUUCAAAAUUUAAGAGCAUGGAAAACAAAAACGUAGAUUUUGAAGAAGUAAAAAGUUUCUUACUUUAUGUGAUGCAAAAAGCGAAUGCAAAUUCAAACAGUGAGAUGAUAAAAUUUGAACAAAUCUUGUUUGAAAGAUUCUUAAAUAAAAAAAAUGUGAUUCUCUUAGUUGAUGGGUUUGAUGAGAUUGCUCCCAAUUAUGUCAAAUCGGUUUUGGAAUUUUUAAACACUGUCAAAGAGCACGUAAUGAAGCUGAUAGUUACUACACGUGACAACAGUGCAAAAGUUACACUGGAAAAUAGUUUAAACGUUUUUGCGCACUCUUUUGUUCCAUUCACAGAAAACGAUAUUCGUAACUUUUUGGAAAUGUUUUGGAAAACUAAUCUCACAGACGCUGAAUUGAACCAAACUCGAUUCGAAGAAUUUGUGACUGCAAUGUUGAAACAGUACACGCAAACUUAUUUUAAUGGAAAAAGCUUUAUCAGCACUCCUUUGCACAUUGAAAUGAUUGCAACAUGUCUUCAAGAUGUGUUAGAAGAUUACAUUAAAUCUGGUAAUUCUGUCUUCUUAAACCUGUUCAAAACGAAACUUAAUCUAUGUUUUCUUUACAAGAAAUUUAUCAAAAUAAAAUUUGAAAAUGUAUACUUAAAGGAGAAACAAAAUAUUGAUCCAUCCGCAGUAAUUUGCACUGAAUAUGAAUUCUUUAAGUUGUUCAAAGAAUCGCAUACAAGACUUGCUUUGUAUGCCAUUUUUGAUGAGAAUACUUUGAAAUUAUUACUAUCGAAAGAAGAGUAUUCUAAAAUUAAAAAAGACAUCGAAAAUAUAAAAACUGGGAAGGAAAAACGUGGUUUCGUCAGUCGAAUAGUGGAUGGAAAGCCGCAGUUCGCUCAUUUAACAUUUGCCGAGUUUUUUGUCGCAAAAGCUGUCUGGAAAUGGCUUAAACAUUAUUCGUCUGAUCAGCACGAUGCAGCAAAUGCUCUGCUGGAGAAUUUAGUCGGAAAUGAUAAGAGACAAAUUUGUCAAUUUAUUCAAACUAAGGCACUGAGUGAUUCUACUCAAGCGGGAAAUGCAACAGAUUUAGUGGAUCUGAUUUUAGGUAAACUCAAGAGCAUCUUUUUGGUAGAGCAUGAUGGGUGUCAGUCAUUCGAACGAUUUUCUUCCGAUUAUUUACUUAGUGUAGUGGAACAUUGUUUGAUUAAUCCCUCUGACGCAAUGCUUAAUGCAACAAUUAAUUUGUUAACAGACGAUGAAAAAUAUAGACUUUUGAUUUCUUCAGCCAAGAUGGGUUAUUCAAAGCUGGUGCGUAUUUUAGCCACUCAAUUAGGGACGGAUUUUCUCAAGAAAGCUUUGUCUGAAAAUUAUAGUUGGGGAUUUUCACCACUUCACUUGGCUGCCAGCAAUCAUCAUUAUGAAAUUGUAAUAUCUCUUGUAAGGGAAUUUGGCUACGAUGUCACAUGGAUUGAUAAGUUUUAUCAUUCUUUUUGUUCUCAUUUGCUAACUAAUGAGCAAUAUGAUUCAAUUCAAAACCUCCUCAAGAUGGGACUCCACGAACUUGGCCAGCCAUACGCAAACAACUCAAAGCUUCCCAUAUAUGAUGCACUCAGCAAUGAAGAAACACCUCAGAAUGUGAUUGAAAUGCUGCUGGAUGUCACAGACGUUGACAUUUUCAAUAAUAACAAUUUUUCCGACGUCAGUUUUCUUUUGCUCCGUUACGAUCUGUCAUUGACGAAAAAGUUUUUGGAGAGGGGCUUUUUACUCAGACAGCCCAUGAUCAGUUGGCGUGGAUACCGAAUAAUGCCUUCCGUCACACUUUCUCGUUUUGAUGGUUUAACAUUUGAUGCCUUCAACCGAGUUUGGAUCGACCGAAUGCGAUUUUUGUGUGAAAACGGCGUUGGAUUCGAUACUGAAUUACCGGCAAGACUUACAAAAAUUCAUUGCAUGUUGAAGCUAUUUAAAAUAGACACAUUGGACAAGACCAAUUGGGUAAAGACACUCUUGAAAGCUUUUGUUACCUGUGAAAAGUGCAAUGAAAUAGUUUUGAAAAUUGAUUCGUGGAUGAUUAGUUUAGAUUUUGACGGUAAAAUUAUUAGAUUAAAUAAAAUCAUGAAAAAAUCUACUCUAGACAAAAUAAAGCUGCUCUUGAAGGAUGGACUUUUGCUUAACAAAAUAAUGAAUGAGGAAGAAAUUCUACGUGUUUUGGAUUUGGCUGACCUGCCAGAAACUACGGACGAAAUGAAACAUAUUGUUUCAGAAGCAUUUGAUUUUUGGUCAGUAUAUGAAAUUGAAGAUCUUUUAAAAGCGAAAUUGAAAGAGGAGUUUUUAAAUCCAGACUUGCACAUAAAAAUAUCCUCGAUUCUAUCAAAAUUCAUACAGUUCAUGACAGAUUUGUGCACGAAAUGGCGCAACAUAAUGGCUGCUAUUGAAAAUGACAAUCUAGAUGGAAUUCGCAUUGCACUUGAAAGCCUUGAUUUGAAUUUGCGCAAAUCAGUAAUAAAUAGUUGGGACGAUGAAUACGGAUCCCCUUUGCAUUUUGCUGCUUAUCAUUGUAAUUAUCAAAUAACAAAGUUUCUUCUUGAAAAUGGAGCCAAUCCAAACAGUAGAACUGAUUUCUAUUGCACAUCUAAAAAAAUGUCAUUUGAUGAAAAUGUCAACAAAAUAAUUGUAAAUGAAGCAGUCACUCCAAUGUUCAUCGCCGCAGCAAAAGGUGACUUGCCAAUAGUUAAGUUGCUACACGAAAAAGGAGGUUGCAUUAAUGCCAAAACUUUGCUCUUAGAGGACACACCUCUAAACGUAGCAGAAGCUGCUGACCACUCUGAUGUGAUUGAUUAUCUAAUUGGAAAUGGAGCUGAACGAGGAAGCGGUUACCUGAGUAAUAUAGUUGUACGCUAAUCUGAUUCUCAUUCCCACUGAUAACAUUUAUUUGUUCGGGUUGAUACAGAAAGUAAAGUUAAACUUAAAUUGCCCAUAAUCGCAAAAUAAUAUCUUUUUGUGUUUAUCAGCUUUUUUUUGAUAAAUUUCAAUUCAAUUUAAUCACUUUAUUUUAAUUAUUAACGAAGCCUUGAUGCAUCGUUUUCUGUCAAAGAUGCCUUGAAAAAUAUUGCCUUGGGCUAAACAAAACAUCUGCAGUACCAAGAAAAAACUAUUUAAUAUGCGAAUAAGAGAGUGUAGAAACUGCUUGUUAACAUACGUUUAAAGAUAAAUUUUAUAAAAUUAUUAAGACAGAUAUUUGUUUUAAAGGUCUUAGCUUGUAAGUAGCUUUAUAAAUAAAAAUUAAAACCUGUA